AUGACGAUCUUACCCAAAUCAAAGAAGUCUCAUAUUAAACCUGAGCACAGAGAACGUUCUGAUAGGUAACUCUUAUUUUUUGGUUCUUUCCGCCGUGAUAAAUGGACUUUAUACGUUUCUUAAUUUUAGAAGAGGUCUUCCGUCCAACAGCAACUUGCCUCAUGUUGAGCGUUCGCAUCAUUUGAUCAAGCCCCAGCCAAAUUUGCUGCUGCCGCCUGGUCCAAGCUCGGCAUCUAUUCCUUCUGCGAACCUUCCCAAAUCUUUUGGCGGAACCAAGAAGGCUCCUCGUCGCACGGUAGCCGAUGUCCCUCAUUAUUCCCAAAAACCAACGGUUAAGAGAAGACCCGAGGUGCAAGGGGAUAAGCAUAACACCGCCGAAGGUGAGUAUUUUUAGUGUUUAAUAUUUAGAUGUUUAGCGCCAAACAGCGACGAUGAAUAUGGUGGAGGGUUCAACGAUGUAGAGCUGGAGUUGGCCUUCGUUGAGAGAAUGAAGACUGUCAGAGGAUUCGUGGUGAAGGAAGUCAAAGGCGACGGCGCUUGUAUGUUCAGAGCUGUUGGUAAGUAUUACAGAUGAUCGUUUCUAUGCUGUUUUGAGGCUUUAUUAUACUUAUUUUUGUUUUCAGCUGAUCAAAUUUAUGGAGAUGAAGAGAUGCAUCAUGAAGUGAGAAGACUAUGCAUGGACUAUGUCGCCAAGAACCGCGACCAUUUUUCUCAAUUUAUCACGGAAGAAUUCAACGAUUAUUUGGCUAGAAAACGUUUGGAUAACGUCCAUGGAAAUCAUGUAGAACUCCAAGCUAUGUCCGAGAUCUUCUUGAGACCAAUCGAGGUGUUCGAGUACAGUACAGAACCCAUCAACACAUUUCAUCCAAUCUCCCGAGAAGCUAACACGGGCGUUGAGAACCCGGCUAUUAGAUUAUCUUACCAUGGAAGUGUCCAUUACAAUUCUGGUAAGUUUGCUAUUUCCUUUUUGUACUUAACCGUUUAGUUGUGGAUCCGUUUACCCCUUCCGUUGGAGUUGGUCUUGGUCUACCAGAAUAUCAACCAGGUCUGGCCGACAGGAAUUUGAUGAAGGAGGCUACUCAAGCAUCCGAGAGACAGCUGAUUGAGGAUGCUAUGCUCAAGGAUAAGAUGAAAAUGACAGAUUGGGAAAGGACUGAAGACGAGCUCAACAGACAGAUUGCUUCUGAAAGUUACAUGGACUAUCUGAAAUCCGUUGAACGCCAGAAUGAAAUAAAGGCGCAUCAGAAGUCCCCUCAUCACGAGAAACCUCCGGGCCUUCAACCCCACGCUCCUAGACCAAGAACGACCAAACAAAAAUCCCCAUCUCCGCCGGAAGAGGGAAGACAAGUUGCUGGGCACUCGAGUUGCUCUAGGGCGGCCUUGGGUGGAAAGAGAGGGGCUUCAUCUCCGAAUUUGCCCUCUUCAAGUAGAGAUAUAGAUGAUUACAGACUCCCAAAAAUGUACAAAAAUGGUGAGUUAUGUUUCAUAAAAUAUUAUUGUUUUUGAAUUUAGAUUAUGCAUCAACUUCCAUGCCAAACAUUGAUACCGACUUUGGUCAAAGUCUGUCUCAUCCAAACCCGGCUUUACUCAAGCCAUCAACCUCAGCCAUAGAUCUCCUCAGAUUUCCAAAUCAAGAACCUUGCUCAUCAAACAAAUCUCAGGAACCAGAAGAGAGGAAAGAAAAUAACAACAAACCCAGGGAAUCGGAAGAACAAAACUCAGGAGUUGGACUUUAUGAAGAGCUAUUGGCUUCUAGUGCAUGUAAGUUGCGAUUCUUUAUCUGGUUUUAUCCCGUCCGUCGUGAUUGAGACAGUCGUGAUUACAUUCGAUAAUUUUAGCAUACGGUGACUGGAAUAGCCCUCUGUUGGACGAAACUGCUCUCCUUGCGCAAGCUCUUGCCCUUUCCCAACAAGAAUUCUUGGAUUCACUUGAGAAAAACAAGUCCGACAAAUAG